GGUAGAAUUGCUCCCUCCAUCUGUCCAUUCUGCAGUUUGCAGCUUGCUAUCAGACACGAACAGCACUCGUGUCCCAACCGUGCCAGACAAGGCCAACCCUAACUAUCAGAUCAAUGUAUCGAUACCGGAUCGAGGCUUACAGAACCAACUCGGAACGGAACCUCUCACGAAUCGGCAGCAGUGCCACCACACCCGUCCCUAUCAGCAACAACGCCAAUACAGCCAAGGGCACCAAGAACAUCGAAGCUGGCGGGCUAAGCAAUUUCUCGGUGGGCGGAGGUUCCUUAUCACAACCUCCGACCAACAACGGCCACCAUGUGCUCGACAUACCCUUGCACGAUGCAGAUGGAGCCCGAGAUCUGGAUGGCGAAGGAGGAGCAGGACGAGGCGCAGGAGGAGGAGGAGGAGUGGGAAGAGACAGCAGUCACGCUGAAAAGCCCACGCACAACGAUCACAUCGACGCGUUAUCCCACUCCACGUCUCCUGCAGCACAACCACCCUUCAAGUCCGAAGCUGCGAGCACUGGAGAUUCCACCAUAACAGACACUUCCGAGAAUGGCAAGAAAAAGAAGAACCCUAUGACCAUAGCACGUAUGAAAGCUGGGAGCAAGCGCUUUGUUGGACACUUGAAGGAUGCCGUUUGCCACAGCUGGAUCAACGUCUUGCUGGUUGCAGUGCCAGCAGGCAUUGCGGCCGAAGCCGCUGGCUUACAACCCGCCGUCGUCUUCGCCAUCAAUGCAGUGGCGAUUGUGCCACUAGCUGGUAUGCUUGCUCAUGCCACGGAGAGUGUUGCCAGCAGACUGGGUGACACCCUGGGAGCAUUGCUCAAUGUCUCUUUCGGCAACGCAGUCGAGCUGAUUAUCUUCAUCAUCGCCUUGGUCAAGAAUGAGAUUAGCAUUGUUCAAGCCUCCCUACUUGGUUCCAUCCUGGCGAACCUCCUCCUCAUUCUUGGCAUGGCUUUUCUGUUUGGUGGUUUACGUUACAGAGAGCAGGUCUACAAUAGCACAGUCACGCAGAUGAGCGCUUGCUUGCUAAGUUUGAGCGUGAUCAGCCUGUUACUUCCCACGGCUUUCCACGCCUCCUUCAACGAUCAACAUCUCCGCGAGGCGAAUUCCAACGUUGUCAAAGUCAGUCGCGGUGUCAGUGUGAUCCUUCUCCUGGUCUACGUACUCUACCUUGUGUUCCAACUCAAGUCGCAUGCCUACAUGUAUGAGAGCACCCCGCAGCACAUCGUAGACGAGGAGUCGCACCCCGGCGUUCUCCACGACCUCAUGAACUCGUCGUCAUCGUCAUCAGACAGCUCCAGCUCGUCUAGCUCUUCGGAUACAGACUCAGACGCAUCGGGAUCCGUGGCCACCACCUCCAAGCGUGUCAAGCGCAUGUUCAAGCACAGAAAGCGCAGAAAGUCCAGUGCCAGCACAAGUACAACUGCCACAACUUCGAAUCUGCCCUCUGUGAUCAGCACGCCAUCGACUGAGAAGCCAAGCGCGGACUACUGCAAGGACCCCAGCAGGCCUGCUUCCCGACGUGAAUCAACACUCGCUGCUAUUGCGAGUGGUGACGAAGGCGACAACGAAGAUGGCCGCACUCGAACCUUUGACUGGGCUGAGCGUCACAAUAGUAAUGAUACGACCAAAUCUCCGGACCCUCCGAAGCGCCACCGAACGAGGAGAGCCAAGAAAAGGGAGAAAGAGAGGAAACGGCGACAAAAGCAAGAGGAUGCUGCCGAUGCAGCUGCCGCCGAGGCCAGUGGAGCUCCAUUUGCGACCAGAAGUAGUGGCCCAUUGGAAGUUGCACGUGCUGAAGAUUUGCAGACGAGCGAAAAUCCAGCUCAGAAUGCAUCGCCGAAUAAGCGGCCGUUUAACAUCCGAGCUCCUGUUUUUCGACCUGCACUGUCCAGCUACCUGUUCAACACUGUCUUCUCCAGCCAGCAACCAGUUCCGAUCAAUGGUGUCACUCCACGUGCUGGCCCAGUCCAACCAGUCUCCGCUGGACAAGGUGGUCUUCGACGCACGUCCUCCUUGCCGGAUCGCCUCAACCACUCCGUCGCACCUGCCCAUGCUAGCAGCUCCAGUGGUCCUCUGGGAACGAUUCAGCACCAAGUGGACAAGACUCCAACUGGCCUUUCUAACGACACUUCCGCCGCUGAUGUGGACGAGAAAGAAGGCGAAGCUGUCAUGUCCCGCACUGCCGCUGUCGUACUCCUGCUUGGCUCCACGGCUCUGGUCGCCAUUUGUGCUGAGUUCAUGGUCGACGCUAUUCCAGGAAUGAUCAAAGACUCGUCUGUCAGCGAAGCUUUCAUCGGUUUGAUCAUUCUGCCGAUCGUGGGUAACGCGGCAGAGCACGUCACUGCGGUCACAGUUGCUGCCAAGAACAAGAUGGAUCUUGCGAUUGGCAUUGCUGUAGGCAGCUCGAUCCAGAUUGCCUUGUUCGUGACUCCCAUCGUCGUCCUGCUUGGAUGGGCUCUGAGUACGGACAUGAGUCUCUACUUCAAUAUCUUCGAGACUGUCAGUCUGUUUGUGACCGUGUUUGUCGUUAACUUUCUGGUCCUAGACGGCAGAAGCAACUAUUUGGAAGGCAGUCUGUUGAUCGCGGCGUAUGUGAUCAUCGCCGUGGCCGCGUUCUUUUACCCUGCCUCAGCCAGUCAAAGUAACAUUGGGGGUGGUGGAGUGGCAGGUGCAGGGAGCAGUUAGAAGAACUUCUACACUCAGGUCGCAGACGACAGCGACAGAACACGAUGGCGUGGCGAGGCGAAGCGCCUGGUAGAUUUUAGAACGUCGUCAUUUUGCUUCGCGGGUUGGUCAGGUAUGCUUUUGCAACGGCAUUACGACAAGAAGAAGAUGGGUACUUUCACACAUGGGCGAUUCACUUGGAACAUUCACACGCUACAAGAGUUUGUUAUACAACGGACAGCCAGACAAGACAAUACUAUGUGUCGCAAGACGUGCAUGCCGGCUGCUCUCUCUCUCUCCCCC